GAAAAGGUGGACAUCCUUAUCAUCACCAUUAUCAUUCAUCAUUUUCACUUAAUGAAUCACGAAGCGAAAAAAUAAUGGGCAGCACUAUGAAGGGAGCGAAAAAGCCGAUCAAUGCCGCGAAGGCGUGGCUGAAGGCGCAACCGCCCAAGAUGAAGGCUUUUCUGGUUUUUACAGCUGCCUUCUCCGCCAUUGUUUUCCUCCGCCUCGUCGUCGAAGACCAUGACAACCUCUUCAUCGCCGCAGAGGCUGUCCACGCCAUCGGCAUUUCCCUCCUCAUUUAUAAACUCACCAAGGGCAAAACUUGUGCCGGACUUUCACUGAAAUCACAAGAUCUCACGGCUAUGUUUUUAGCUGUAAGACUUUACUGCAGUGUUGUCAUGGAGUAUGACAUACAUACUCUGCUUGACUUGGCUACAUUGGCAACAACUGUAUGGGUCAUUUAUACCAUCCGCUUUAAGUUAAAUUCCAGUUUCAUGGAUGAUAAAGAUACUCUUUCAAUAUACUAUUUGGUUAUACCUUGCGCUGUACUGGCUCUAGUUAUCCACCCAUCCACAAACCAUCACAUAUUCAACCGUAUUUGUUGGGCUUUUUGUGUGUAUAUGGAAGCUGUUUCAGUUCUCCCCCAGCUACAUGUCAUGCAGAACACAAAGGUUAUUGAACCAUUCACUGCGAAUUAUGUUUUCGCACUGGGAAUUUCAAGGUUCCUAAGCUGUGCACAUUGGAUUCUCCAGAUGAUAGAUUCUCGGGGAAGCUUGUUAACAGCUUUGGGUUAUGGUUUGUGGCCACCGAUGGUCAUCCUUUCUGAGAUUGUCCAAACUUUUAUUCUGGCUGAUUUCUGCUACUAUUAUGUUCAAUGCCUUUUUGGUGGGAAUCUAGUGAUGCGCCUUCCCUCUGGAGUAGUCUAACAAACUCAUCUAAGUUUUGUCAUGUCGGGAGGGAACUCUUUUGGCCUCUCCAUAAAAGUAGUCCACUUGAGAAUACAAACAUCCUGCUUGGCAUCAAAGUGGGUGUAAUUUGGGGCUUGUAGUUUGAUUUGUUGAAUACCAUUUCUUACUCAAUAGGUAAUUAUAUUUUGAUGGUGUCUAGCACUCUAGCAUGCCACAAUACUCAAUAGGGUUUUUUCUUCUUUUCGCAGUUUAGGGUUUAGUGAGAGUUAGAAAAAAAAAACUCUUAUCAGUAUGUUUGCAACAUUUGCUCGUUUAGCUAAUUUAGCCGAAAUCACUAAUGUGAAUGUAUUGUGUCUCAGCUAUGAAGUGUUUGAAUGAAAAUGAUUU